AUGAAGACAAUUGGAAAUUUUAGACUUAUCGAAAAAUUAGGCUGGGGUACCUAUGGAACUGUUUCCCUUUGUGAAAUUAUUCAGGAGCAAGACUUAGACUCAAGAUUCAAAGAGAAAAUGAGGAAAGAUGGUGGUAUUGCUUGUAAGAUGAUCAAUUUACAAAAAUUAAACUCAAAAUGUCAAGAAUAUUUACUACAAGAGAUAAAAAUUAUGAAAGCAAUUAAUCAUCCAAAUAUUCUUAGGUUUUAUACAGCUCUCAAGACCAAGGACAACAUUUACAUGUUUGUAGAGUUCUGUAAUGGAGGAGAUCUCUCCAGAUUUCUUGACCUUAAAGGAGGAAGACUUAGUCAAGAUCUUGUUAGAAAAAUUGUGAAGCAGAUUGCUUCAGGCCUCUGAUACCUUAAUCAAAAUAAAACUAUGCACAGAGAUCUGAAGCUCCCCAAUAUUAUGGUGAAUUUCCCACAAAAGACUUCGUCUGAAGUGACUCCUGCAGAAUAUAUCAAAGAAUUUAACUACAAAAAUGAUGAGAUGGAAAUCAUAAUAGGAGACUUAGGCUUUGCUAAGUCAUUGAAUGAUACAGAGAUUGCUACAUCUUGGUUAGGCACUCCUGUUAACAUGGCUCCUGAGAUUUUGAACAAGAAUCCGUAUACCUCAAAAGUAGAUAUAUGGUCUCUUGGCAUCAUGGUAUAUGAAUUGCUUGUUGGCUUUACUCCAUUCAUAGGCAGGCGCAUGAGCGAGUUGACAAGGAAAGUAAAUAAAGGAGAAUACGGAGUCCCUCAGGAUAUCAAUUUGUCUCUCUCAUGUAUUGACUUCCUGAGUAAAUGCCUCCAGCUUGAUCCGAUAUAAAGAAUUUCUCAUUGUGAUCUCCUAAAUCACCCAUUCCUUGAAGAAGAUGAUGACUCCGAGAGAGUCAAUCUGUCUCUCCUAUUUCUUCUGAAGCUACCCUUGCGCCUUACAAAGAGAUAAUUGAAGAGUUUAGUGCUGAGGUAGAAACAAGCGAAGAUGCAAAUCUUCCCGAAGAUAGCUCUUUAGCAAACCCAACUGAAAAUAUAUGGGAAGAAGAUUAUGAGAAUCUUUUAGAAAGUCGAAAUGCAACCAUCAACUCACCACCGAUAUUUUCAAACAAGGAUGCUCUCUUUUGAAAGGAAAAGAAACAAGAUCAUGAAGAGAGUAAAUCAAAUUAUUUUCAGAGACUCAACCAAAGCCCAUGUAAGAUUUCUCCCAAGAAACAACCUGCCUUAAAUAAAACUUGUCAAAAAGAACUUGAAGUAUCUUUAAUGUUAUCUAAAAUUGACUCAGCUCUAAUAAGUAAGUCUAAAACACCCAUAAUUGGUGCUCAGAAAAGUGGAAGAUCAAGAAAUGAUACUUUUGAUAAUAGAAAUGGACUCUCAAAUGAUCCCAGUACUUUUUCAAACACAAUCAGGGGAUCGAGAAAGCGGUACUUUCUCACAAAUACAGGCUUCAAUUCUUUCUGUGCUUCCGGUAACUAAAUACAGAAUUAAUUCCUCUCUCGGGUAUGCUUUGAGGUAAGCAAGACUAGCUUUGAAUGCUCUAUUGGCUCUAUGUAAUUUG